AUGGGCGCGGGAUCGGCAGACCAGGCCCGCAAAGCCGGCUCCACCCUCUGCUCCCCCACGCAGCCACACUUUCCCCCUGCCCUGUCGCUGUCGGAUCCCUGGAAGACCCUGGGGGUGGGUCACUCCGCUAGCGAGGAGGAGAUCAAGCGGGCGCACCGCCGCUUGGUGCGCCAGCACCACCCUGACCUCCACGCCCCUGGCGACGAGGCGGUGGCCGCCCGCUUCAUCUCGAUCCAGCAGGCGUACGAGAUCGUGAUGGGCCGCGCCCUGGGCCGCCUACCCGAGUCCAGCCAGCAUGGCGGCUGGAACUUCCAUGACUGGUUCUGGAGCUUUGCGCGACGGAGGGCCGAUGAAGGCGUGCCCAAGGCGACGGGGCCGCCUCGGCGGGAACAGUGGGAGCAGCAGCUGCACCUCCUGCGCCGCAAGGCAGCCAUCAAGCGCGGCGCCUACGCCCACGGCGCAGCGACCCCACAGGCCCCGUCCCCCGGCAGGUCUGCGCACCCGGAGCACGAGGAGGCCGUUCCGGGUACGAACAGGGUGGCGCCCGCCGAGCAAAUGAAUCGCGCUCCGGGUGGCGGAGCACCCUCUGCCGCUGGGGAUUCCCAGCCUCCAGAUGCAGACGCUGAGUGCGCAGAGGAUACUGGCGCGGGGGGGGAAUGCCUUCGGACACCGGCUGCGGCUGCACCUGGCGUGCACAGUGAGCCCCCGCCGCCGCCACGGAUCCCUUUUCGGAGCUCCCAGGACACGCGAGAGGGAGUGACCAUCCAGCUGGCAGGGCUGCGACGCCGGGCCGGGAUCAAGAAGGACCUGACCCCAGCUCCCUGA